AAGAGUUUUUUUCCCUUUUCAUCUUUGCACUGAGACUUCCGUGAAUCUACCCGAGUCUGAGAAAGUGGUCAAAUUAGGGCUCAGAUAAUAGAAGAUAGCAAGAAACACAGAAGAGAAACCAGAACGAUCAAGAACGAUAAUGGUGUGCGAUAAGUGUGAGAAGAAGCUUGCGAAGGUGAUAGUGCCAGACAAAUGGAAGGAGGGCGCCAGCAAUACCACAGAAGGCGGUGGCCGCAAGAUCAACGAGAACAAGCUUCUCUCCAAAAAGAAAAGGUGGAGUCCUUAUGGAAAUACCAAGUGCAUUAUAUGCAAGCAGCAAGUACACCAGGAUGGUAAAUACUGCCACACAUGUGCUUACAGCAAAGGGGUUUGUGCCAUGUGCGGUAAACAAGUGCUUGACACAAAGUUGUACAAACAAAGCAAUGCAUAACUCAAACCACAUGUGGGCGGGUUCACAUUAUCUGAUACAUCCGGUAAAGCUUCAUGACCUUGUGGUUUUUGUAUCAUUGGUCCUUGUCUAUAAGCACGAGAACUUAUUAUGCCUGAUUGAAAUUCAGCUGUGAACAAAUUUGUGUAGUCAAUUGUUGUUAUAAUGAUCUAAUGGUAAUUAAAUCCUCGGCUGAUA